CGCGGGGAUCACAAACGGAAAGUGCGUCUGUGAUGCUCUUACUUCUUCAUAUCAAUUCCACGGAUCGUGAACAACCCCGAAAGACAUCAAGGCGCAAAGGCUAUACCUGGCUUUGCAUCAAACAUGACAGGUCAUAGUGCAGCAGAGGUCUCCUGGCAAGCCAUCGCCAAAUGUAAGCAAGCAUAUCGAGACUCUCAAAUACCUCAGCAAUGGAGUAUCCCUAGCAAUAUGCUGCCGAAGGAUCCUCCUUUGAUGAAAUACGGCCUACAAAAUGUUCUACACGUCCCUCGAGAAUGUGGUCUUCUAUCGCCUACUGAAGUUACAAUCACGGAGACACAUUCUGUGGAAGACUUGCUUUCCGCACUCGCAACUGGAAAGCUCUCAGCACUGGAAGUGACAACAGCUUUCUGCAAACGCACAGCAAUUGCACAACAACUCACAAAUUGUGUGACGGAACCAUUAUUCUUGUCUGCUAUACAGAGGGCAAAAGAACUCGAUGAGAGCUUGGCUCGAGAGGGGCGAGUUGUCGGUCCUCUGCAUGGACUGCCUAUCAGCCUCAAGGAUUCAUUCGAUGUCAUUGGAGUUGAUAGUUCGAUCGGAAUAGCUUCAUUGUGCUUCAAGCCCGCUACCAUCAACUCACCACUCAUUGAUUUGUUGCUAUCAUUGGGUUGCGUUAUCAUCGCCAAAACCAAUGUACCCCAAACGCUCAACUCUCUUGACAGCGUCAAUAAUGUCUUCGGCCGAACGAUGAAUCCAAUUAAUCGACUUUGCACUGCUGGUGGAAGUUCAGGGGGUGAAGGCGUCAUUGUGGCGAUGCGAGGAUCCAUAGUUGGAUGGGGAGCAGAUACUGGUGGAAGCAUCAGAGUUCCUGCUAUGUGCAAUGGCAUCUUUGGGAUCAAGUCGAGUAAUGGUCGAAUUCCAGCUGGAGGAGGACCUCUUAUCUCGAAUGAUGGGACUUCCAGGUGUGCAGUUCCAGCGGUGGUGGGACCAUUGGCGAGGUCUAUAGAGGAUAUUGACUUCGUGAUGAGAGAAGUCGUACCUAGAGCUUGGAUGUGGGCCGAAGACUGCUUUCCCUCGACUUGGAGCCUUGAUACUCCUCUCACCGGGAGUGGGCCAAAUGGCGAGUUUGUAUUCGGCAUUCUCAGAGGUGAUGGAAACUGUACCCCAUUGCCUCCAAUGAUGAAGCUUCUCGACGAGGUGAAGACGAAGCUGAAUCAAUACCCGAAUACAAAAGCCAUCGAGCUUGCCGCACCGCAGGCAUGGACGAAGUGCCAAAGCGUCAUGGCUAAGUUGAUGAGCGCAGAUGGAGGCGGGGUCCUGGCUGGUUUGCUUGAUGCAACUGGUGAGCCACUUGUGCCAUGGAUGGUCGGAAAGUUCAAACGCAGCGAGCCAAAAACGCUACCCCAAGUCGCAGAGCUGCAAGCGCGAAGGACGAAGUUGGAACGAGAGAUGAUGCAGUUAUGGGUUGAAGAGGAUGGCAAAGGUGGAAAGAAGUCCAAGGUCGACGCCGUCAUCUGCCUCAUCGCGCCUCAUCCAGUACCAGAAAUUGAAAGAUAUAACGCAGCGGGGUAUACCUCAAGCUGGACACUGCUUGAUUAUCCUGCUGGCAGCGUCCCAGUAAGAGAUUUCAGUGCGGAAGAUCUUGAACUUGGUCAGCCACAAGGUGGGACUACGAUUUCAAGCUGGGAUGAACGAAACCGCCAAUUGUGGGAUGAAAAGACUGUUAAUAGGAGGGUUUAUGUUGGGACUCCUUUGUCAGUUCAAGUGGUAACACCAAGACUUCAAGAUAAGAGAUUGAUUGAGGCGAUGAGAAUCGUCAAUGCAGCUGUGCAUCGAGAGGGGAGUAGAUCGAAACUGUAGGAAUUGAUGGUCAACAUAUUGC